UCUAGCUACAAUUUGCUUCUCAUUGUUGAUCAUAUUUUGUGUACAAUAGAGAUGAUGAAGGGCAAAAAUGGAGCUAACUUAAAGUUAAAGAAGAGGAUAUGCAGUGGAAAACUUGGGAGGUUUCUAAAAGAGCAGAGAGGAAGGCUAUACAUUGUGAGAAGAUGUGUAGUUAUGCUACUUUGUUGGCAUGAUUAAUUGCACACCUAUAAUUGUAAAUAGCAAG